GCAGGCGGGCGGAGAGAGCCGCUGAGAGCUAGCCAAGUGCCAGCGACUGAACGGACAGGCGGACCGGGCGCAGCUGGGAUCCACAGCAAGAGCUCCACGCCAGCCACCUCCAGCCGCCAGCCACCUCGCAGCUAGUCCCGCGGCCGGGCAGCCGCAGGAGCCCUGGCUGUGGCUGGGGGGCAGUGGGCCAUGCCAGGGGCAGUGGAAGGCCCCAGGUGGAAGCAGGCGGAGGACAUUAGGGACAUCUAUGACUUCCGAGAUGUUCUGGGCACGGGUGCUUUCUCAGAGGUGAUUCUGGCAGAGGACAAGAGGACUCAGAAACUGGUGGCCAUCAAAUGCAUCGCCAAGAAGGCCCUGGAGGGCAAAGAGGGCAGCAUGGAGAAUGAGAUUGCUGUCUUGCACAAGAUCAAGCACCCCAACAUUGUAGCUCUGGAUGACAUCUAUGAGAGUGGGGGCCACCUCUACCUCAUCAUGCAGCUGGUUUCAGGAGGGGAGCUGUUUGACCGCAUCGUGGAGAAAGGAUUCUACACGGAACGGGAUGCUAGCCGCCUCAUCUUCCAGGUGUUGGAUGCUGUCAAGUACCUGCAUGACCUGGGCAUUGUGCACCGGGACCUCAAGCCAGAGAACCUGCUGUACUAUAGCCUGGAUGAAGACUCUAAAAUCAUGAUCUCCGACUUUGGCCUCUCCAAGAUGGAGGACCCGGACAGUGUGCUCUCCACAGCCUGUGGGACCCCAGGCUACGUGGCUCCUGAGGUCCUGGCUCAGAAGCCCUACAGCAAGGCCGUGGACUGCUGGUCCAUAGGAGUCAUUGCAUAUAUCCUGCUCUGCGGCUACCCCCCUUUCUAUGACGAGAACGAUGCCAAACUCUUUGAACAGAUUUUGAAGGCCGAGUACGAGUUUGACUCUCCUUACUGGGACGACAUCUCUGACUCUGCCAAAGAUUUCAUACAGCACUUGAUGGAGAAAGAUCCAGAGAAGAGGUUCACCUGUGAGCAGGCCUUGCAGCACCCGUGGAUUGCAGGAGAUACAGCUCUAGAUAAGAACAUCCACCAGUCAGUGAGUGAGCAGAUCAAGAAGAACUUUGCCAAGAGCAAGUGGAAGCAAGCUUUCAAUGCCACUGCUGUGGUGCGGCACAUGAGGAAGCUGCAGCUGGGCACCAGCCAAGAGGGGCAGGGACAGGCAAGCCACGGGGAGCUACUGACACCAACAACUGGGGGGUCAGCAGCUAGAUGCUGCUGCCGAGACUGCUGUGUGGAGCCACGCCCGGAAUUGCCCCCUGCAUUUCCCCCUCAACUCUAGGGCCCUGAAAUGAACAUCAGGAAAGUCAGAGUUUCUUCUGUGGGAGGGGAGUUACCUGCCCCAUCCCCUCCUUACCCUUUUCCCUCUUAUUCCUCAGUGCAUUUUCCAUACAAAUGUUUCUAUUUUAUUGUUCCUUCUUGUAAUAAAGGGAAGAAGAUAAAACCAGACAACUCUGUCUUCUCAAACAGCGCCCCCACCCCUUGAUUUGCAGGUGCCUGCCCCUGAGGUAGUAGUAGGGAGCCUUCCUGACAUGAGACUAGGUGGGGAUGGGGAGAGAAAUGGGAAAUGGAGGGAAAGAUGCUAAGGAAUUCUUUUGUCCCUUGGGCCC